GUUGCCUUGGAGACGGGCGGGGCCGGAGGGCGUGGGCUGCGGAGCGCCGGGCAGCAGGACUUUCCCGCUGGGAAUGCUGCGCCCAGGUGCGAUCGCGGGACAGACCCUCGUCUAAGGCUUCGGACGAGGUUGCUACCUGAACGAACCUGCCUGCCCGCCCGCCGCGAGAGAUAGUUUUCUGUGGACACAACGUAGCAGCAAGAUGCAGUCUUUAUGCCUCACUGGCUGCUGACCCACCAGCCUCAUGACAUCAGCCCCGUGUGCCUUCCCGGUUCAGUUCCGGCAGCCCUCAGUCUCUGGCCUCUCCAAGAUCACCAGCAGCCUAUAUAUCAGUAAUGGGGUAGCCGCCAACAACAAGCUCAUGCUCUCCAGCCACCAGAUCACCACAGUAGUCAACGUCUCGGUGGAGGUGGUGAACACCUUGUACGAGGACAUCCAGUAUGUGCAGGUGCCUGUGGCUGACACGCCCAUCUCGCGUCUCUGUGACUUCUUUGACCCCAUUGCUGACCACAUCCACAGUGUGGAGAUGAAGCAGGGCCGCACGCUGCUGCACUGUGCCGCUGGGGUGAGCCGCUCUGCCGCCCUCUGCCUCGCCUACCUCAUGAAGUACCACGCCAUGUCUCUGCUAGAUGCCCAUACGUGGGCCAAGUCAUGCCGGCCGAUCAUACGGCCCAACAGCGGCUUUUGGGAGCAGCUCGUCCACUAUGAGUUCCAGCUGUUUGGCAAGAACACUGUGCACAUGGUCAGCUCCCCAGUGGGAGUGAUCCCCGACAUCUAUGAGAAGGAGGUCCGCUUGAUGAUUCCACUGUGAAGCCUCCUGCCACCCCCUGCACUGCAGUCAGAGGGACAGGUCUGCCAUGACUCCUUAUGAAGAUCUUAACUUGAGCAUCCUACUCUUAUUGAUACAGAAGAAGCAGGUGAUGCCUUUCCUAAUGGGGAGAAAGAAGAACACUGCAGAGUUUACUCUUGUAACCCUGACAAGCUAAAGUGGUGAAGACAGAAGCUUCCUAUGUCAGGAGGGGCUCAUCAGUCUGCUGGCUAGGGAGGAGUGUGAGGCCAGCGGUGUCCGGAUCUAACGGACCAGCGCGGCGCACAGGGCAGACCUCACUCCUGCAGCCUCCCCAGACUGGCUAACUGGGACCAAGUCUGCCUCGGCCCCCCCUUCAUUCUUGCCGUACCCAGAGCCCAGGCCUUACGCAUCACGGUGUCCCCGACACUGCUCACAGUAAGUGCCAGCCUGCCGGAUAAAUAGCCUUCAAGGGUGCUCCGGCAGAUGGGGGGCCCCAGGCCAGCCCUGCUUCCAUGUUCAACCACAGGGUCCCAACUCUGGUUUUCUACAAUGAUUUUAGGCAUAAAAUAGUCUUCAAAGAAAUGUAUAAAAUGUUUUUUAAACUCCUUUUUUGAGUGUUGUUGUACUUGGUAAGGCCUCAAGGCACCACUGUCACUUCCGUGGCAUCUUUGAUGAAAGUGGCUUCCGUCGUCUUCUCCAGCACCUGUGGAAAACAGGCCUAACUGCAGGCCGUGAGUCGCCCUCACAGACCUCGACUCAGAAGAUGGGAGCUGUGGACUGGCACCAGCCUUGUCACCUCCUCUCUGAUCCCUCCUGGAGCCUCUAUCCCCUCAUCUGUCUGCGCAACAAAGCCCUUUUCCCACAGCGUUGUUGUGAAGAAUCAGCAAUGCCUUAGCAGGGCACCUGGCACGGAGCAUGGCACCCAGUGGAGCUGAGCUCAUGAAUGAGGCGUAGCCCAGCUGGUCCCGUCAGCACAGUUUUCCUCAUAGUGGCAUUUUCCCCACCCAUGCACAGUCCUUUGUUCUUUACAAAAUGUUUUUCCAAAAAGUAAUCCUAUUUGGGAAAAAAAAAAUGGUUCAGUGCUGUCAGACCCUACCUCGGAGGAGGCCUAAACUUCUAAGCCUCUCAGGAUUCCUGUGGUGUUUUUGCCAUGUACCCCCUGGGGAGCAAGGAGCACAAUUACAAAAGGCCUGUGGCCAUUAGAUUGCUGACCAUUAGAGCCAGUGGCCAGUCUGGCCAGCUACUGGGGUGGACAGGGGUAUGUGCCAAAGAGACAAGUGUGGAGGUGCCCCCCAGCAGGCCCUGAAAUCCAGGAUUGUUCAGACACCCCAGGUGCCUCAGGAUCUGGCUGAAGACCAGCUGUUCUAUUCCAGAUAAUACAUGAAACACAAAAGCACAACUGUUUUGGGUCCAGAGUCCAGUGGAGGCCAAAUGCCCUCGCUCCAAACUAAAACCUCACCCCUACUUCCACAAAGGAGUGCACUUGUAGGGUAGAGGGAGAAGGAAAAUCACUGCAGUAGACUGACCCUCUCACCUUACAGGUCCACAAACACCAGGGUGCUGUGGCAGAGCCACCGGGGAACCCCCUUCCUGGGACAAACCCACACAGACGCUUUCUCUUAAAGCAGUUUUAAGGAAAGUUAUUUAAGACCAUUUUGUUUCCACUUAAAAUGUUGUUUCAUUGACAAACCAUAAGUUCCUCGUGUGUAAUCCUGUGUUGUAACAUUUGUAGAAUCACUUCCAUAGUCAAGACUCAGCCAUUCCACCCCCCCCCAAAAUUCCCAUAUGUACCCCUGUAUAAUCAAACUCACUCUGCCAGCUGGUAAAAGAUGUGCUCCAUAUUUAUUGAUUUUCCUUUUCCUGGAUGUCCUAGACACAGAUUCAUGGAGGAUCUAACCUCUAUGCUUUCGAGAUUACAUGCUCAUUUUCAUACAUGUUCAUUUUCAUACAUGUUCAUUUUCAUGGCUAAGUGGUAUGCCAUUCGAUGGAUGCCCCAUAGCUUUGUAUUAAGCUGUUGAUGGAUAUUUGGGGUUGGUUCCAUUUUUUUGGUGAUUUUUGAAUAAAACAGCUAUGAAUAUUUGUGCAUGGGUUUUUGUGUGAACGUCAGUUUCCAUU